GCUGUGUCCACCGCCGAUUUCGAAUGCGAUCCGUGGGCUGAGAGGAAGAGUCGCUCACGGAAGCGGAGGAAGCUGCUGAGUCUUGAACCGAAGGAGAGUGCCUUGCUUGCCCCGACCGUGGUCUUCGGCAUGGGAGCCACUCAUAACGAACCUGGAUUUAAGUAUGACCCGUCGACGUUGAAGUCUAUCUUGUUCCCACCUGAACCUAAAGCCAAGGGAUGCCUGCUCGAUACUGUGGACGACCCCCGGAUGGACAUCGACGAGGAGGAAGCUACUACUACGUCGGACGGCGUCCCGUCAGGCAGUCACGGGAAUCGGGCUAUCAUCUUGGACACGCUGAAAGAGAGCUUCCUCCUAAGAACGUCAAAGGACGCAGGGUCGGAUUCAUCCAACACUGCUGCUCAUGGAGAGGAAAAGGAGAACGUUAAUAUCAAUGCUGAAACGCGCCGACGCCGGAGAUAUGUCAUAGCCCUCAGGCGGAGUGAGGGCUCUGGCAGUGGGCCCAGUGGCGGCCCCCAUACCGUUCCCAACUGUGCUCCGGCAGAUGAGCCGAAACCCGUUACCGAUGAGGGUGAUGGGGCCUCGGGCGAGCCUUCGUCAAGCACUGCGCUGCAAAUAUUGCAUCGGGACGUUAGUGAAGAGAAUGUCUUGUUCCAGGAUAAUGGCAUUACUGUGUUGACCACCACGGACGUUGAUGGAACGAAGAAGGGCUUCAUGAUAGAGGUGAGAACAUGGAGGUGGGCCGAGGCAUAGUUGGUCGUCUUGACGCGC